UACGGGAUAUAAAAUGCGUCGUGCUCUCCCUGCAGGAGGAGAGCAGAACAACAGCUCAACUGUUUUUCACUCGGUACAAGUGUAGGAGUUUCCACGUUAUCGAUCAUUUUUUCAUUCUUAAUAUUUUUGGACUGUUACUUUAUCCUCACAAUCUGAAAAAUCAGGAGGGGGGCACUCUUUCCAACAGACUUCACGUUCCACGUCAGGACGGAGGAGGAAGUUUUCGUGCCUUCAUGGAGGAAACGACCGCUGCAGGUCCAGAACCGGGCUCAGGUGCUGCGGCACCAGCAGCCCCGAAACCUCAGCCUCCCUCCUUUGUGCCGUCCCGCAGCCUGAUGGAGUGGAGACGGAGGGUCAAGUCAGAGUAUAUGCGCCUCUGCCAAGUAAAACGCCUUAAAAAAGUAGAGAAGGUCAAGACCCUGUUCAUGUCCAACAGGAAAAAGAUUGAGCAGCAAACGAAUCUCCUGAAUGCAGAGUGGUCCAGGCUCCGGAUUCAGUCCAUCCCUCUGUCAACGUCUGGUGGAGCUGUGGCCAACAAGAAGUGCACGGUGGAGUUUGGCUUUCCUGAAUUUAAAGCCCAAGCCAUUGCCAUGAGACCGCUGUCAACAGUGACAGGAAUCCCCUUCAUGUACUCUUGGUCGCCUCUGCAGCACAACUUCAUGGUGGAGGAUGAGACAUUCCUUCACAACAUCCCAUACAUGGGCGACGAGGUCCUGGAGCAAGACGAGGCCUUUCUGGAGGAACUCAUCGACAACUACGAUGGUGUCCAUGGCGACAGAGGGGGGUUCCUCAUGCACUAAGUCUUUAAAAAGUUAGUGGAAGGUCCUGAAGCCAUUUCUUCUUCCACCUAGAAGCAUGAAGACCACGAAGAGGAGGAGGAAGAAGCAGCCGCGAUGACGGCAGAGGCCGCGGCGGAUGUGGCGGUGAAGAAGGAGGACGAGAGAGUGAUGAGGAGCUCGGCGGAGGGUUCGGAAGACACCCAAGCGGGUACCGUCGCGUUCACCGGGAGGAAGAGGAGGAGCACCGCUGAGGUGAGCGACUCAUCCAGCAGCAAGAAGGUCCCCAACGAAAAUAUCUUUUCAGCCAUCGCCUCAAUGUUCCCUUACAAGGGCACCACGGAGGAGCUGAAGGAAAAGUACAAGGACCUCGUUGAGCCCCCCCAGCCGGUGAAGCUGCCCCCACUCUGCACCCCCAGCCUGGACGGACCCUUUGCUAAGUCUGUACAGCGGGAGCAGUCGUUACACUCCUUCCACACGCUCUUCUGCAGACGUUGCUUCAAAUACGACUGUUUCCUCCACCCUUUCCACGCUACGCCCAAUGUUUACAAACGCAAGAGCAAGGAGAUCCGCGUGGAGACGGAGCCAUGUGGUGCGGACUGCUUCCUGUUAGAGAAAGGGGCCAAAGAGUUUGUGGAUCAGAACAUGUUACGGUCACAAAGGUCUCGGAGGCGCCGAAAGCAGCCGCGUCCCGCCAGCUCCAGCUGUCCCGGGCCGUCCGCGUCCGCCGAGGAAGCACAAGAGGGCUGCAGUGACCAUGAAACCACCUCCUCCUCAGAGGGGAAUUCGCGAUGCCCGACUCCCACCAAGCUGCGUCCAGGCGACGAUGACGGGGAGCAGCAGCAGGCGGGCGCGGUGGUCCAGUGGAGCGGGGCAGAGGAGUCGCUCUUCAGAGUGCUACACGGCACCUACUUCAACAACUUCUGCUCCAUCGCUCGCCUUAUCGGCACCAAGAACUGCAAGGAGGUGUAUGAAUUUGCAGUGAAAGAAGUCUUGAUCCACCGUGUUCCUCCUGCCGAUGGAGGAAUCGCGCCCCAAAAGAAGAAACGAAAACACAGGUUAUGGGCAAAGAUUCAGCUCAAGAAAGAUAACUUGUCCAACCAGGUGUGCAAAUACCAGCCAUGUGAUCACCCCGACCAUCCGUGCGACAGCUCCUGCCCGUGUGUGAUGAGCCAGAAUUUCUGUGAGAAGUUCUGCCAGUGCGUCCACGAGUGCCAGAACCGCUUCCCAGGCUGCAGAUGCAAGACGCAAUGCAACACUAAACAGUGUCCCUGCUACCUGGCCGUGAGGGAGUGUGACCCAGAUCUGUGCAUGACCUGCGGCACGGCAGAGCACUGGGACAGCAAAUCCAUCUCCUGCAAGAACUGCAGCAUCCAGAGAGGCCUCAAGAAACACCUGCUUCUGGCGCCAUCAGAUGUCGCCGGUUGGGGCACCUUCAUCAAAGAGCCGGUUCAGAAGAAUGAGUUCAUCUCUGAAUACUGCGGAGAGCUGAUCUCCCAGGAUGAGGCGGACCGACGUGGAAGGAUCUACGACAAAUACAUGUCCAGCUUUCUCUUCAACUUGAACAAUGACUUUGUUGUGGAUGCCACGCGCAAGGGGAACAAGAUCCGCUUUGCAAAUCAUUCUGUUAAUCCCAACUGCUACGCAAAAGUGGUAAUGGUGAAUGGAGACCACCGUAUUGGUAUCUUUGCCAAACGAGCUAUACGGCAAGGGGAGGAGCUCUUCUUUGACUACAGAUACAGCCAAGCUGAUGCCCUUAAAUAUGUGGGAUUAGAAAGGGUGCAUAGCUCCGUAUCCUCUGCCUAACCCUUCAGCCGCCCACUAAUGCUUCUGUCCCUCUCUGUAGCGCCACGUCCAGCUGUUGGGUUUCAGUGAACAGUCUCUGUCUCUGCCCCUCUCUGCUGCACUUAUGAAAAAAAAAAGAGAGUCCCUUCCAUCUGUUUGCUGGUGUUGCCGCCCCGCUUACACCUCGCCGCCUUCUUCAGCGACGGCACUCUGCGCUCCCUCUCAUCUGCCCCCCCUCACAUCUACCUGCAAGAGUAUAUUUGUCGAGCUUAUGAAACUAAACUAUUUAAAGUGGAAAUACUAUUAAUCUGCAUCGCUUACCGUACCAGGAUGAUGACAUGUUGUUUUUGUUUGUCAUCUUGUUAAAGCAUAGAGGUUGUGACCAUCAUGCAGCGUGUUACUCUAGUUUUGAUACUGUACUCAUAGACCGGCUUUUUGUUUGACUUCUCAAUACGUAAUGCAAGCUUUUACAUCAUACCUAAUGAUGGUCAGUGAAAUGCAUGUGCUGUCUCAUAAGCGAAACCAAUAAACAAUGUUAGUCCCAGCAUUAGCUUCAGUCAGAUUCUGCUCCAGUCCCUCCGUAUCGUAGUGUGAUGUUACCCGCCGCCUGCACUACAGACGAACUUGACAAGGUUCCAAAGCUUUGUAUGUUCAUCUGUAAAUCGUUCGGCAAAAAAAUAGGCAAACAGACAAGAAACCGACUGACUGAAUGUAACCUGUGGUGAUGAUAGUGGAGAGAUCUCGUCCCUCUUUUCAUUUGACGCAUUAACCCAUUCUAUUGGUACUCUGAACAACGUGCAUGCACAUCAAACCUUUAGCAUCAUGUUUGCGUGAUCUUGAGGACUACACACUUUGUGAAGGAAAUCAUUAAUUCAUUAACAAAUAGCACAGUUAACAUCGUCCUUUAUAAUACAAGUGCCAAAUGAUUCCACACAGAAAAAGGCUGGAAAUAGUGUUGAUGUUUUGCAGAAUUGACAUCUGUGUUAAAGGUAAACUUUGCAAGGUUAAUACAGUGGGAAAAGAACAAUGAUCAGUGUUAGACCAAAUAUUAGUUGCCCACAUGUGAAUAUAAAAUAUCAUUUUCCUUAUUUCUUUCAUAUGUCCAGAUUUUCUAUCCACUCGGUUUUUUGUUUAGAAAACAUUAAAGGCCACUUUGAAAUGAGAUCUUUCACAAUAGGGAACAAAAUGGAGUUUACUGCUAUGUACAGUGUCUGCCUAUAACAAUAAAAGUUUAACUUUAUACAUUAAAA